GAUAGGAAAAUGGCGCUUUGGACUACUUACAAAAACGCCGAAUCCCGAUCGAAGUCAUCAGUGCUAAUUACGCCACGAUUAAUCUAAAGCGGGGAAACGUUCCGCGAUGAAACGUAGGGCAACAGAAGAGGUGACAUCAUCACUAUCAAGGCUCAUGAUUUCUCUGACGUUGCUGCUUUAUACGUUCCUUGAAUGGAUAGGUUCGGCUCAAGGGGAGAACUACCUGGCUGUGUGUUACUUCACAAACUGGGCUCCUAUGAAGUUAAGCCCAGAGGCCAGACUGCCUAUCCAGGACAUAAAUCCACACCUCUGCACACAUCUGAUAUUUGCCUUCGCCAAAGUUGACCCUGAAAACCUGACGCUGGCGGCCACAGACCCCUACGACGAGACAAAAAAUGGGGUCAAAGGAAAUUACGCACAUUUCACGGACUUGAAAAGGCGCAAUCCCAAACUGAAGACGGUGCUAUCGAUAGGGGGCGCUAAGUAUUCCGGAGAGGGAUUUCAUACUGUGAUAGAAAACAGGGAUUCUCGCGUGACUUUCGCGAGAAAUUGUAUUACGUACAUCCGGGACCGUGAAUUCGACGGCCUCGAUGUGGACUGGGAGUAUCCUGGUGAUCCGCCUGAGUCGAAAUUCAAGUUUACGCUGUUAUUGAAGGAUCUCCGUCGUGAGUUUGAAAACGAGGCUCGUCGGAGCGGCAAUGAGCGGCUGGUCUUGUCGGCGGCUCUGGGUGUGGCAGAAGAACAUAUCGAGGAGAGUUACGAGGUGGAUAAGAUUGCACCGUAUCUCGAUUUCAUGAGCUUGAUGACGUAUGAUUACCACGGUCCUUGGAGCGGCCUAACGGGUCUCAACAGUCCGCUCUUCUCACGUGCAGACAAUAUCCGGUUUCAUCAACAGCUCAGUCAGGAAUGGUCAGUUAACAGGUGGGUGGAGGCUGGAGCCCCUAGGGAGAAGCUCGUGCUGGGUAUCGCCGCUUCCGGUCGGACAUUCACCCUCCAGGAUAACAGUACGACUGGUGUCGGAGCGCCAGCUAUCGGACCUGGUAUACAAGGGGAGUUCACUCUUGUACCAGGGGUGCUGUCAUACUACGAGAUCUGCAACUUUCUUUCGGACGGUGGGGAAUACCAGUGGGAUGAUAUCCAGAAGACUCCAUUCGCCUACAAGGAGAACCAGUGGGUGGGCUUUGACGACCCCAAGAGCGUGCAGGCGAAGACUGAAUGGAUGAUCCAACAGCGCCUUGGCGGCGUAAUGAUUUGGUCUCUGGAUCUCGACGACUUUAGUGGGACUUACUGCGGGCAGGGAAAAUUUCCGCUGACGUCGGCCAUGAAGAUGACAAUCGACAAUAUGACACUUCCGGAAAUUCCCGAAACAACGCCUCCGAAAACAACCGAAGUUCUACGCCCGUCGAGCACAAUUCGGUAUACCACAAAACUUCUGCCCAAGACGACGGUAAGCUCCAAAACGACAACAAAGCGCCCAACGAAAACGACAUCGACAACGGAAAGCGAAAAUCUCAUACCUUCUGGUAAAACUACGCCAAAGAAAGGUUCCAUCUUUGUAGUAGUAACAAGUAGCGCGAUCAAAGCAAAGUGGAACAAAGUUUCGACUUCUAUUUUGUUAAUAGGCUUGAUUGUUAAGUUCGUGCUUAGCUGGUCUGGUUAAGUUUUAGUUUUAAUUUAUCUAACUUUAUUUAUCAAAUAAUUUUGGAUCUAAGAUAAAUGUUUAAGUGAGGCAUUGGUCUUUGGAAU